UUUAUUCUUGAUAGGGAGGAGAUAUUCUUAAGUGUUUAAAUCCACACUGGAUUCCACUGGAGUGAUGGAGAACCAAACGAAGGUGGGACAAUUCAUCUUGUUGGGUCUGAACAAUGACUUGGACCUUCAGUAUGUAGUAUUUACAAUUUUUCUUCUGUUGUAUAUGGCCACCUUAGUGGGGAAUGCAGCUAUUAUCAUUAUAGUCUUAUCUGAACCUCAGCUACAUGGCCCCAUGUACUUUUUUCUUGGAAAUCUUUCCUGUCUUGACAUCAUUCUUUCCACAGUAACUGGUCCAAAGAUGCUACAAGGAUUUCUAAUAAAGUAUCAACCUAUCUCCUUCAAUGGCUGCAUGGUCCAACUCUUCUUCUUCUACCUCAUGGGUGGUACUGAAGGUAUACUUCUUGCAAUCAUGGCCUAUGACCGCUAUGUUGCAAUAUGCAACCCCUUGCGCUAUUCUGUCAUCAUGAGAAAAGAGAUCUGUAUUCUAAUGGUAGCAACUGCCUGGUCUUCCAGUUUUACUCAAGCCUUGAUGCAUGCAGUGAUGACUGCUCAUCUACCCUUCUGUGGACUGAAUCAAAUUGAACACUUUGUCUGUGACAUCAAGCCUUUGUUGAAAUUGGCCUGUGGCAACAUACACCUCAACCUUAUAAUGCUCACUAUUGGGACUACCUGUUUUGUUAUGGGCCCUUUUAUCUUCAUACUUAUUUCUUACAUUUAUAUUAUUAGUUUCCUUCUUUUAAAAGUUAAAUCCAGGAGUGGUUGGCAAAAGGCCUUCUCCACUUGUGGGUCCCACAUGACUGUGGUGGCUUUACUGUAUGUUCCCGUGUUAUUUAAUUCCAUGCUUCCUACAAUGGGUACCCCUUCACAACGUGAUGUGAUAAUAACAGUCCUUUAUAGUGCAAUUACCCCAGUUUUGAACCCACUUAUCUACACAUUGAGAAACCAAAAGGUUAAAAUGAUAAUUAAAAAGAUUCUUGAAAAAAAUAGACUUUGGUGAAAGGACAUCCUGGAAAAAAUAAUCCAUUUUUAUAGUGGUAGUUAGGACAGAAAACUUUCCUUGAGGUGUUUGGACUUUAUUUAUUUAUUCAUCUAUUUCUUCUAUUCACAUUUAUAGAGAAAGUUUGAUCCAGCAGUUAAGGCAUAGGCUAGAAACUGGAAACUAUGAAUUCUAGCCUCACCUUAGGCAUGGA